ACCGUACCUCGAAAUAGUAUAUUCAACACUAUUUUACGUUCUUCGCGAUAUUUAGAGUGGUGCGUUCUUGUUGGUCAGGAAAAAACGAGAAGACGAGACGAUGUCUGGGCAGGUCGCACGAUUGAUCGCGAACAUUGUCGUAGCUGGCGCGGGGGUGGUAUCCAAGGCGUUCGUCCAAGCUUACCAGCAGGCUGUGGUGAAUGCCAAGCAUGGGAAGACUGUGCAGACGGCGGCAGUGACGCUGAAGAACAAGAUGCAGAAGGACCAGGCGCUGGACGUGCUCAACUUACAGGGCACACCGACGAUCGCGGAGAUUGAGAAGCAGUUCGAACGACACUUCAAGGCUAAUGAGCCGUCCAAGGACGGCGGCGGCUCGUACUACUUGCAGUCCAAGAUCUACCGGGCCAAAGAAGCGCUGCUCAAAGAUCACCCGGAGACCACGCCACCCGCGCCUGGCAAAGCCUCCGAGGAGAAACAGCAGUAACUUGACACAUUAGAUAUAGGGCAACAAAUAAAAGCACCGAGUUUUUUCAUAACAAUAUAGCAUGGGGUCGUCGACAACGA